UCUCAGAGUUGCGAAGAAACGGAACCCACAAAAACAAAAUUAUCCAUGUCCCCAUUUCUCUGUUUUUCUUUCUUCUUUUUGCUGCAGUUUCCUCUUAUUUCAUUUUCCAAAACCACACCUGCUGGUGCCAGGUUUCCAUCUUCACUCAUUACCCCUGAAAAGGUCUCUGCUUCUACUCAAAACAAACUUUACAGAACCAAAUACUUCACCCAAAUACUUGACCAUUUCAAUUUCUACCCCAAAAGCUACCAAACUUUCCAGCAAAGGUAUUUGAUCAAUGACACAUUCUGGGGAGGAGCCAAGAACAAUGCUCCAAUCUUUGUCUACACAGGGAAUGAAGGAAACAUAGAAUGGUUUGCACAAAACUUAGGUUUUCUCUAUGAGACAGCACCCCAUUUCAAAUCCCUUGUCGUUUUCAUUGAGCAUAGGUUCUAUGGGAAGUCUAUACCUUAUGGGGGCAAGAAGAGCGUGGCUUAUAGCAAUGCAUCUACACUUGGGCAUCUGAGCUCAACACAGGCAUUGGCAGAUUAUGCUUCCUUAAUUAUUGAUUUGAAGAAGAAUUUAUCAGCAACUGACUCUCCUGUGGUGGUCUUCGGAGGUUCCUACGGAGGAAUGCUGGCAGCAUGGUUUAGGUUGAAGUAUCCGCACGUUACAAUCGGAGCCUUGGCAUCAUCUUCACCUAUUCUCAAUUUCGAGAAUAUAACGUCUUCAUAUAGCUUCCGCAACAUCGUCACUCAAGACUUUAAGAGUGUGAGUGAAAAUUGUUAUAAAGUGAUCAAAGGCUCAUGGGAACAGAUCGAAAACACAGCAAACCAACCUGGAGGGCUUGAGCUACUACGAAAAUCAUUUAAAUUAUGCAAAAAUGGCGCAGAUUUAGAUUAUCUUGAAGAUUGGCUUUCCACUGCAUACGCUUACACAGCAAUGACGGAUUAUCCUACUCCCUCAAAUUUCUUAUGUCCCUUGCCAGCAUUUCCAGUGAAGAAGAUGUGUGAGGCGAUAGAUGAUCCGACGACUGGAAAUGACACAUUUGCGAAAUUGUACGGUGCAGCUAAUGUAUACUAUAACUACAGUGGGACAGUCACGUGUUUCGAACUUGAUGAUAACUCUGAUCCUCACGACCUUGGAGGAUGGUAUUGGCAGGCUUGUACAGAGAUGAUAAUGCCAACCGGUGGAAACAAUGAGGACAGCAUAUUCCCAGCUUCUGAUUGGGAUUACAAAGACCAAGCCUCUGUAUGCAAAAGCAGAUUUGGCAUUGAACCUAGGCCCCUUUGGAUCACCACUGAGUUCGGCGGCCAUGCUAUUGAGAGGGUUUUGAAAAGAUAUGGAAGCAAUAUUAUCUUCUUCAAUGGCUUAAGAGACCCUUGGAGUGGUGGAGGGGUGCUGAAGAAUAUAUCCAAGAGCAUAGUAGCCAUUGUUGCAAAAGAAGGUGCUCACCAUGUAGAUUUGAUGUUCAAGAGCAGUGAGGAUCCAGAAUGGCUUCAAGAUGUGAGGAAACAAGAGAUCAAGAUCAUUGCAAAGUGGAUCUCCCAAUAUUACCAUGACCUUGCUCAACUCUUUUGAUCAUAUAUAUUCAGAUCCUGCCACACAGUAAUUGGAUUUGUCAUUUUACCCCCCAUUUUGAUUCAAAUAAAAAUAUUAGGAAAUAAAAUCCCCA